GCGCCGCGAGAACAAAGGAACAUCUCGGAGGCCAACACUGCCGGAUCCGAUUCGAAUGGAGGCGCACGUUUCGAGUCGACACCUCUCGAGUUCAGGUUGGGGGUAAAAUUAGUCCGCGAGAAUUCCAAAUGACAAACACGAAUACCUUCUCGGACUCCCAGGAGUCCGCGAUCAUAGACGAGGAAACGUACAACGCGAUAGAGAAAGACUUUGGCGGCCAGCUUCCGGUAACCAUGAACGACGAUAUCCUCGCUGCAUCCUCUCAAACGCUGAAGGAGGACGACCUGUCGAGCUUUAACAUCGCCAAUUUGCCAUCAUUCGAGAGCGAUGAACCGGUUGCUAAAAGAUUCAAGGAGGAGAAAGAGGAGGAGGAUGAUUAUUAUCCUCCGAUGAACACGCUGCCGCAAUAUUUUGACGACGCAGAGUCGGGAAUGUUGAACUUCCAGUAUGAGAUCAUUGAGACUAGUCAGGACUGGGUGUAUUCUCCAGUGGUGCGAAAACUAUACAUGAAAAUGGACAAGUCGCUGCCGUUGCAAUUCACGUGGAACCAACCCCUCCCGGGGGUAUAUUUGCGCGCGAUGAUGGCGUUUAAGCCGGAGCAAUAUAAGAACGAUCCGGUAAUGAGAUGCCUCAAUCACAUGGCUGCGAGCAAUCCCGUUAAUCAGAACAUGGAUCCGGAAAAGAUCAAGCACGUGGUGCACUGCGUCACUCACGAUCAUUGCACUCGCUACGACGAGACAAAUGGGUUCCUCUCGACCAUAACGAAGCUCGGUGCGCCCAAGCUCACCCGCCAAGGGUUACAAUACGAGAAAAUGUGCUUCAAGUUCACGUGCACGAACAGUUGCACGGGCGGCAUGAACAGACGGCACACGGAAUUGAUAUUCACCUUGGAAAACGCUCGCGGUAAGGUGUUGGAUUGUGCAAAAUUGUCCAUUAGGGUGUGCUGUUGUCCCAAGAGGGACAAGCGGAGGGAUGAGAAGGGACUGCCCAUGGAGGAUGGGCCGUCCAACGGGGAUAAUGCUAUGCCGUUAGCUAAGAUGCCGUCUGAACAUAUUUACAACGUUCAGCUGAGUAUUCCUGGCAAGGAGAAUUACUUGUCCGUACUGAAGUACGCGUACGACGUUAUGGCAGGCCAAGCCUUCAAGACGGGCCAACACGAUUUCUUUAAACCGUAUAUGGAGGACAUAUUGCACAAAACGGCCUAAUAAUAUUUUAGCUUAACAACAUUUUACGUUUUAUGAAAUUUUAUUUUAAGACUUUUUUCGUAGCCGUUCUGUUCUGUUGACCGGAGGAUCUAUGCUGAUUGUUUUUUAAAAAUAAAAAUCAAAAACGUUCUUAAUUUUGUUAAAAAUGGAAGGUCUACAUAGAUCAUGAGAAAUGUAUGUGGACCUUCCAUGUUGAAAAUAAAUGUUAUAUAUAAAAAAAACAAGUUGAGUUUUGCAGUACCAUUUAGCCGCAAAGAGAAAAAUCAGCAUGGGCUUCUCGGCCGACUCAAUUUUAAUUCCGAUAUAAGUUUUAAGUUUUAUUAAAGUUUAAAGUUAAACGUUUUAUGCAUAUUUGCGUGAUAUCACGUAUUUACGAUCUCCGUUCACGAUGUAUUAUUAAGUUAGCAUGUUAUAGAUAAGGAUAUGUUCGUUCUUUAGUGUUACGCGAACUAAAAGUUCGAAGCUCUGAAUCGAGUAUUUCAGAGAUUUUAUAAUUUUACAUUGAAACCUUGCAUGCUCAUUUUUAGCGCACGUUUUUCUCAUUACGACUGCGACGUUUUAUUUUUCAGUGCAUGUUUUUAUGCAAGCGCAAUUUUAUUUUUUUUCGCUCAUAUAACACGGAUAACAUCUCGCGGUAUAUCUUAUCGAUUAGUCGUUAACCCAUUAUAUCGUUCGCAAAUAAAUUUUAUUACUUUUGC